AUGAAGAGACAAUAUGCAGUCAUUUGUGAGAUGCUCGGCCCCAGUUGCACAGGAUUUGGAUGGGAUGAUCUAAAAAAGUGUAUCACUUGUGAAGAAGAGGUCUUCAAUGAGAUAGAGAAACUAGGGAGAGAUAGAGACCCCUCCAUUAUAUUUGGGAGAGAUAGAGAAACUAGGGAGAGUGCAGAGGCUCCUGCUGAUGCUGCAGAAAAUGUGAAAGGGAGGAGGAGUCGUUUACAAAUGCAGGCCUCUGAACACAAAAGAAAUCGGUGCAGGAGCAUCAAUGGUGUAACUGAUUUUGCUAAAGAUGGUGAACUUAUAGUCAAGCUGAAUGGUGUAACCAAGAAGAAACCUGCCAAGGUAAUUGACUUUGUUUUCAGCCCUCAAACUUCCAAUAAGGUUGCAUUAGGCUACAAGUGUGUGCUGAAUUCCAUGGCAGCAGAAGAUUCUCUUGCCAAUUUUGCUCGAUGGGAACCCGCCCAUGGCAACUUCAACUUCCGGCAUCCAUGGAAACAGUACCUCAAGGUCACAGCCUCCAUGCGUGACUAUGCUUAUUGCGUAGAGGCUCUCAGUGGUCGUAUCAACCAUCCGAGUGAAGAGUGCUUGGCAUUAAGCUCCAUCUCUUCAAGCAUCUUGAGGGAAUUGGUGAUCAACAUUAAGAGUAUGAGGACCUCUUCCACAAUACAUUCCGUAGUUGAAGAAUUGAACAAAGCAGUAGAAGAUGUCCAAAAUGCCCUAAAAUCUAUUCCUAACUAUUCCAUACCUCUCAUGGAGGUUCUUCCUCUUAACACAGUAGCUUCUUUGUUGAUUAAAAUUGUAGCAAGGAUCCAACUACUAGUUGAUGAAGUGGAUAAACUAGCAAACUUGGCAGGUUUCAAGCCACCAGAAAGUUAG